ACUGGAUGGCUGUGAGCUGGCACAUCACGCCGGAGAAGUUCUACGUGGAAGCUUGUGACAGUGGCGCAGACGAUGUGCUGAUCAUCGACCGUGUGUCCACAGAAGUCACCCUCUCAGUCAAGAAAGACAUUCCUCCUUCAGCAGUCACGAGGCCGAUAUGUGGUAUAUUGGGCACAAUCCAUCUGGUGGCAGGUAACUAUUUAAUUGUCAUUACCAAAAAGAUAAAAAUCGGAGAGUUUUUCAGCCAUGCAAUCUGGAAAGCUACGGAUUUUGAUGUUCUUUCUUACAAGAAGACAAUGUUACAUCUAACUGACACUCAGUUACAAGAUAACAAAACUUUCCUGGCCAUGAUAAACCACGUCUUGAGCAUGGACGGCUUCUACUUCUCCAUGACGUAUGACCUGACGCACACACUGCAGCGGCUGUCCAACACCAGCCCAGAGUUCCAGGAGAUGAGCCUCUUGGAAAGGGCAGAUCAGCGGUUUGUGUGGAACGGUCAUCUUCUCCGAGAGCUUUCUGCUCAACCAGAGGUCCAUCGGUUUGCUCUGCCGGUACUGCAUGGCUUUAUCACUGUGCACUCCUGCUGCAUCAAUGGGAAGUCCUUCGACUGGAUUCUCAUCUCGAGGAGGAGUUGCUUCCGGGCUGGCGUGCGCUACUAUGUGAGAGGAAUUGACUCUGAAGGCCACGCAGCUAACUUUGUAGAGACAGAGCAGAUCGCACACUACAAUGGGAGCAAGGCUUCGUUUGUGCAGACUCGAGGAUCAAUUCCAGUUUUCUGGUCUCAGAGACCAAACCUCAAGUACAAGCCAAGACCACAGAUCAGUAAAGUAGCCAGUCACAUGGAUGGCUUCCAAAGGCAUUUUGAUUCACAAGUAAUUAUUUACGGGAAGCAAGUCGUCAUCAAUCUGGUUAACCAGAAGGGCUCAGAGAAGCCACUUGAGCAGGCCUUUGCAACAAUGGUGUCGUCCUUGGCGAGUGGGAUGAUCAGAUAUAUCGCCUUUGACUUCCAUAAGGAGUGCAAACAUAUGAGGUGGGAUCGGCUGAGCCUGCUGCUGGAUCAGGUAGCGGAGACGCAAGAUGAGCUGAGUUAUUUUCUAGUGGACGCUGUUGGCGAGGUGGUGGCCAGCCAGGAAGGAGUGUUCCGGAGCAACUGCAUGGACUGUCUGGACAGGACCAACGUCAUCCAGAGCCUGCUGGCUCGCCGCUCGCUUCAGGCCCAGCUGCAGAGACUCGGAGUCUUGCAUGUGGGACAGAAACUCGAAGAACAAAGUGAAUUUGAGAAGAUCUACAAAAAUGCCUGGGCUGACAACGCAAACGCUUGUGCCAAGCAGUAUGCAGGGACUGGUGCCUUGAAGACUGACUUUACCAGGACUGGGAAGAGAACUCAGCUGGGACUUAUCAUGGAUGGCUUGAACUCACUUAUCCGGUAUUACAAGAACAACUUUUCUGAUGGGUUCAGACAAGAUUCUAUAGACUUAUUUCUUGGGAACUAUUCGGUGGAUGAACUAGAAUUCCAUAGUCCAUUAAGUGUUCCAAGGGAUUGGAAAUUCCUGGCUCUGCCCAUCAUCAUGGUCGUGGCCUUUUCAAUGUGCAUCAUCUGUUUGCUUAUGGCUGGUGACACUUGGACUGAAACUCUGGCCUACGUGCUCUUCUGGGGAGUUGCAAGCAUUGGAACAUUUCUGAUUAUUCUCUACAAUGGCAAAGAUUUUGUUGAUGCGCCCAGAUUGGUCCAGAAAGAAAAGAUAGACUGAAUUUGUGUCUGUGGAAAGCGGCUUGGCUUAGAAGAGUCCAUUCUGCAGAACUGGAGUCUUUACUGACCCGCUUUCCACGGUAGCCUGAGGUGGUUUGAAAGCCUUUGUCCAAAACACACACCUUACGCUCUGUGCUGGGAAGGUGACUCGGAAUCAGCGGUCUCCUUACUCUCCGGAUGGUCCUGUUUAUAACUGCAAGCUAUUCCUCAGUUAAAAUGCAACCUGAACUCAGCCCACAGAACGGAAAGACUCUCUUCACUGUCCAUCUAAUCAAAUGUUGCAGAAUAGGUAAUAUAUUUAAAAGCUAGAGCUGCUGUCGUUAUCUGAAACAGUAAAGUUAUUUUUCUAGCUGACUUCAUUGUUGUCGUUGUACAAGUGGUCUCUGUCAGCAGGUACUCCUCUCCACACACACAGAUCUGAACUUCUCUCAGACGCGGAAGCCAUCAGCCGGCUGUGACGUCUUGCAGGUCUGAAGCUUCCCCAGGCCUCAGGUGGUCUGACGGCGUGUGCGCCAAGGGCUGGGGUGCCUCCUCCCGAGUGCGGUGCACACUGCAGCUGCUGCCGUGGACAGAAAAGUCUGGAUAACCUUAAGCUUUUUUUGGUCUUCUUCUUCUUCUUCUUCUUUUUUAAGGACUAAGUGAAAUCAAAGAAUGUAAAGCUCGUCUCUGCUAGCGGCCCAAAGUCUCCCCACGUCCCGGACUGCCCCGUGGGGGGCGCAGCCUGCUGGCCCGCUGCUGCCUCGCAGACAUUAACUUCCCCCUUGGCAGGGCGUCGCUGGACACACGGCUGAGAGGGGCUUGUGCUAGAUUUGAUAUUGUGCUUCCCCACGCAUGGUAACAAUCAAUGCUUUUCAUUCUGAGAAGGUUUUUGUUAGCCAUACAUAAGUGUGUCUAAAAUCAAUGCUUCCGGGUCGUCAUAGAACUCCAAAUCAAGGACCAACUGAAUCCUCCUGUGCAGACAAACCUGGACCAUGAGCUUUAGAAUCAACUCGUGCAUAGUGCUGGCUCCAAGCCGGACCGUGUAUUCAGAUGCGAUUAUGAGAUUUCAAUAGAGGAAAGCUGGUAAGAUCACACCGUGGCCAUUACUUACAGAAAUUCAACUAACUACUGCUGUCAUCUCUGUUACGCUUGAAAAUAUGUGCCGCUUUCCCCCCGUAGUGACACUGUACGUUGUCCUCAAGGAUCUUGAAAGACACCUUUUUUUCAGCCUCUUUUCUUCACCACCCUCUUCCAUAGACAUCACUGAGAGUUGCUCCUUUUGGAAACUCCUUGUGGCUUAAGAACCCCUCCUUCAGACUCACGACAGGCGGGGUAAUGUGAGCUACCUAACAUGUCAAUAAGCAGAACGCGUUCCAAAGAUGAUGUGCGGAAGCUUAGCUUGUGUCUGCUGCGCCGCGUUACUCAGACGUGCACUUGACGUCACAAACCUGAGCGGCUGCAGCCAAGACCCAAUCUGUGCCUCCCCGGUAGUGGACGGACUAAUGCUGGUGUGUCAGAGCUGAAAGCAGCAGGACUCAGAAUCCCGCCCUGGCUUUAUUUCUAAAUUCAUGUACUGUACACCCAAAUGAAAAUAAAACUUCAUAUUCUUUUCUAA